AUGGAUGAACAUACAAAAGUAUUUAAUCAUCUAAGUAUUCUAAAUGAUAUUAUUUGUGAAUUAGAAACUAUUGAAGUCAAGAUUGAUGAUGAAGAUAAAACUUUGAGACUCAUAUGGCCUAUUCCAUCUUCUUACGAGCAUAUUAAACUUGUUUUGAUAUAUGAAAAAAACUUGAGUUUUGAAGAAGUUGCUAGUAAAAUUAAUUCUGAUAAGAAGAUUGAAGGGUGA